CUCCGUCCAACUCGCACGUAAUCGCAUCUUCCUUCUCUCCCACUCAUGAAAUUUGACAGACCCCAGAAUGUCACAUGGCCCCCUUUCGAACUUAACCAAUUUGUGGCACCACUACAGUCACGCAGCCAAAACAAAACCCAAUGAUGCUUUUAAAAUGAUGCCCAGACGCCGGUCGCACCUGGAGCAAGAGAACUGUCGCUCGUGCACGAGCUUCUCGGACUACGCGAAAACCGCGCGCGCCAGGAAGGCGCACGAAGACAGCUCCGGAGAAGUGGCGCCGAGCGGGUCCCUACGCACCGACUGCCCCCUGGACAAGGAGGAGCUGGGCCGCAGCGCGUGGGGGCUGCUGCACACCAUCGCGGCCAAGUACCCUGACAAGCCCACGCGCAGCGAGCAGAGAGACAUGAGCGCGUUUUUCCACCUGUUCUCGAAGUUUUAUCCGUGCGAUUACUGCGCCGAGGAUUUUCAGAGACACAUCCAGGUGGAUCCGCCGCCCACGAGCUGCUAUGAAGAGCUGAGUCAGUGGCUGUGUCGCGCCCACAAUAAAGUUAACGUUAAGUUGGGGAAGCCGGAGUUUGAUUGUUCGAAAGUCGACGAACGGUGGCGGGAUGGGUGGAAGGACGGGUCCUGUGAUUAUUGACCAGUGCGUUUUAGUUAGAUUUAGGUUAGCAAUGUUGGAGUUGUUGCUGUGAUGUCAAUGUUGAAGCGGAACAAGCCAGAGGGUGUUUUGCUUGUCUGGAUUAUUAAUAAAUUUAUAAAUUAUUAAGAA